AUUGUUAAGAGAGGUGAAAGGGUUGAAUAGCUGAGCAGCGAAAGAACGUGAAGAGAAAAGUGGAGAGGCAAAUAGAGCUACAACCCAAGUGGGAAAGGAAGCAAGAGAGAAAUAAAGAAGUCUUUCUGAAUCUCUUCGCCCAUCUGGACUCCAUCUGUGUUUCUCUGGCUGCAAGAGGAGCUUGGACUGCAGCUCACAUAUGCAGGGGGCUUAGACACAUGCCCCACAUAUGAAGGAGAGAAAAGGGGAGCAAAAAGGAGCUGUAAACAAGCUAAACCAAGGGACUCCCUUGUUUUUUGAAUAAGACGGAAGGAAAAAAGGACCGUCCACAGAGAGACAGUGGAGAGAAGAAGGUUCCUGCCAUGCCCGGUUCUCCAGUGGAUGUAAAGUCUCAUUCCAGACCGGCAGUAUCCGCCAUGCCCCCUCUUCCCUCAGUCAACCCUAGUGGGCCCCGGCCCGCUGCCUUUUCUUCUACGGCAUUGACCAAUGGGAUGAACCAUUCUCCACCAACCCUCAACGCUGUCCCCUCCCCACCUCAGCGAUACAGCAAUGGGCCAUCCUCAUCCUCUUCCUCUUCACUGGCCAAUCAGCAACUUCCAGCCACAUGUGGUGCUAGGCAGCUUAGUAAACUGAAGCGGUUCCUCACUACAUUGCAACAGUUUGGCAACGACAUCUCACCUGAGAUCGGAGAGAGUGUGCGGAGUUUGGUACUUGCCUUGGUGAAUUCCACAGUCACUAUUGAGGAGUUUCAUUCCAGACUACAGGAGGCCACUAAUUUCCCCUUAAGACCAUUCGUGAUCCCUUUCUUGAAGGCAAACCUACCAUUGCUGCAGAGAGAGCUGCUGCAUUGUGCACGUGCAGCUAAGCAGACUCCAGCACAGUAUCUCUCCCAGCAUGAGCACUUGCUGCUCAGCACAGCUGCACCUUCUCCUGCAGACUCCACCGAGCUACUGCUAGAGCCAAGCGACAGCAACAAGCGACACAGCCCUAGCAGAGCCAAAGAAAAUGGUUUCCAUGAGCGACCCCCAGCACCGUUGGAGCCUCCAGCCAAGCGAAUCUGCACGAUUAGCCCUGCCCCUAGACAUAGCCCUGCCCACCCUGUUCCUCUCCAGAUUCAUCCAACCCCACCCCCUCUCCAGCACUAUGCCCUGGAUGACAUCAACACCCCACACCUGUACAGAGAGCCACAUCGCAUCCUAGAGCUCAGAGAACUGAAGGACAGGCCACGACUCCCAGGUACUAAUGGGGGCUACCAUGAGGAGCCAGUUGACCACAGACUGACUGAGAGAGAGUGGGCUGAUGAAUGGAGACAUCUAGACCAUGUGCUGAACUGCAUCGUGGACAUGGUGGAGAAGACAAGGCGUUCAGUGAGUGUCCUGAGGCGCUGUCAGGAAUCAGACCGUGAGGAGCUCAACUACUGGCGACGGCGGUCCAGUCAGCUCGAUGGUGCACGCAAGAGUGUUGCAACUCCCAGCACUGUGUCCUUCUCCAAAUCGCACAGUCCUCUUUCUGCUGAUGCAGUCACCCCCGAUACUCAGCGGGAGCUCUCUCUGCAUGCUGGCCCUGGCUAUGUGCCUGAUGAGAUCUGGAGGAAAGCUGAGGAAGCGGUCAAUGAGGUGAAGCGGCAGGCAAUGGAUGAGGUACAAAAGGCGGUGGCAGAGGCAGAGCAGAAGGCUUUUGAAAUGAUUGCAGCUGAGAGAGCCAAGAUGGAAAAAACCCUAGCUGAGGCCAAAAGGAAAGCCACAGAAGAUGCAAUUCAGGUCAUCAACGAACAAGAGGACUCCAGUGAGUGCUGCUGGAACUGUGGCCGGAAGGCAAGUGAAACGUGUAGUGGGUGUAAUGCUGCUCGCUAUUGCGGCUCCUUCUGCCAGCACAAGGACUGGGAGCGUCACCACCUGAUCUGCAGCCCGGGCCUGCAGGCUCAACCCAAAGCAUUGUCCACCCUUAACACACGCGUCCUGACCAAAGCCCCUGAGAGUGGCCCAGCCCAGAGCCCCAGCCUGGAAAAAAACUCCAACACCUCACGAGCCUCUACCCCCCCAAGCCCUUCUUCAGCCUCCACCCCUGACACUAAUACACAUUAGAGGAAACACUAAAGAAGAGAUCUGGACAUUUUACAUCUCAGUGACAUAAAAAAGGCUAUAGACAUCAGAAAACCAUGCAAAAGGAGCCAAAUUAAUAAGCACAGUAAUUGGACAUUUCACACAAAUGAUUGGAGGAAGGGCUUAUUGUUUUCGGUUGGACAAAAAGACCAUUUGGAUUUCUAACUUUCAAGCAAAGUAUAGCAAUGAGCAAUGUUCCCUGUUCCAGGAAUAUAAAGAAAAACUCAUCGGAUGAUGGCUGUAUCUUGUUACUGACCAUUGUACUGGUGUUUAAUGAUUCUUCUUGCACAAAACAUGUCAGUUAUUGUUGUGAGUGUGAGUAUGUGUGCAUGUUUGUGUAUGUACACAUGUGUACAAAAAUAAUGAACUGCAUGUGUUGGACAAUUUGAUUGCCUGUAGAGCAGUGUCUAAACGCAGGAACACCAUUGCUGGCCAUGCAUCAAUACAGUUGUGAUCCAUAGAGCUUACAUGUCAGCAUUUUUUUUUUUUUUUUUUUUUUUUUUUGAUAUACGUCUGCUUUUGCUGUCUGAAAGUAAUAUAUUAACAACUCAACAGACAGCAGUCAAUACAAUAGUACAACAACUAACUUGCAUGAAUUCAUUUUUCUGUAUUUUGAGCAUGGCUACGAAAACCUUGGGGAGUAUUCCACAAAGUGAGUUUCAAAAAAUCCAGGCUUAUCAAAAUAGUCAGGCUUAAGUGCAUUCCAUUAGCGAGCAUCAGCUAUGGACCACCUUAGCUGUGAGAUGGAUUUAUUGUAAUUUGUGUAUAUAUAUCCCUAAUAAAGCGUCUUUUACAAUGUAUCGUGGAAAAGAAGAUAAAUUAGGCUUGUGGCAAUUAUUUGGACAUCAUGGCAGAAUGUUUUAGCCCAGCGUUACCUAAGUUCAGAUAAACUUCACCAGUAACUGUCCAAAAGCAGACUAUCGACAGAGUAACUGUGUGGGGUUUAAGAUUAUUGCAGAAACCGACAAGUCUUUUUGAAGUAAACCUGAUGUAUCACCUUAGCUCACUUUGUGCAAUACUCCCCCUGGUCUAGAGGGUCCAGGCUGCAGUAAUGAGCAGUGUAUAAUCGUACACAUCUGGUGCAAAAAUUAGUCCUCAGGACACAGAUCUUGUAGCCACAUUAUAAAAUAGCAGUAUGUUCCCAGCAAAGGUUGUCAAUUAUGUGUUAGCAGGCGACGACUCAGGUUUUAUUUUCAUAGUCUUGUUGAUUUAAAUGUGAAAAUUAAAAAAUGGAAAUUUCAAAAGUUAGAAAUCUGAUACAAGCAUUUCAAUUGGUUAGGGCUAGGUUUUAUUCAGACAGUUAAGCUUUUGAGAGUUAAAGUUAUCUAUUAAAGUUUACAAUUUAUUCUGUCCCAAGCAUUUCACUAAGAAAUACUCAACAUGUUUUUGAUAGAAAAUCCAAAAAAUAUCAUGACCAUAUUAUUAUGAGGUUCUGUCAAGGUGUAGAAGGAAUUGGAGACGGAACCCUAUACUACUAAGCUUGUCAAAUUGAUGUGGUUUUGUACUGUGGCUUACAGAUCUGUGAUGGGUAGCAUUAACCCUCUUCGGGUGAUUUGAUCCCGAUAGAGAAAUGUUAUGUCAUUGUGUCCUAUUUGAUUAACUGCAUAAUUAAUUUUGUGUAAUAUGUUCCUUCAGUGCUGGGUGUAGAGCUCUGUGAAAUUGACAUUGUUUUCUGGUGUUGCCUGUAAGUGUUGCAACUGAAUCUAUUUAAAUCUCAGGAGUACAUUAUAUGUAAAUAAGUAUAUUCCCAUGUUCAUGAUUAGAGAGGGUCGAGUUAAACCUUCAGGAUUUUUUUUGUUUUUGUUUUUUGCCAGAUUAGUGUCAACAUUCUUUUCACAUUCAUUCUAUGUAACAAAAUAAAUUCCAUUAUUUUUUCAUUAUGAAAUGGCUUCCUUGUAAAAUAUGAUUAUAAACAAAAAGAUCUGUAUUUUGUGAACCAUGUGUCACUAAAAUGUUUGUUUUCUCACAAGACACGAAGAGAACCUUGAUAUGAAGUAGUGAUUAAAAAAUAAAUGCAAUAAA